CGGAGUUUAGCAAUUGGCAAGAGAGAGUUUUAGCUCCUAUAAAGUCUGCAGUGGAGUUGCGGGUGGCGCAUGCGCAACAGUACAGCCAGCGUCACCUAGCAACGCUGGCCGCUCCGCUCAAUAUUGUUUAUGCACCCCCGGAAGUGACGUCGCCACCCGGGUGUGGUGUGCACCUAGAGAGCGUGGAAGCGUCCAUUAAGGUUUCUCCAACCCAGGAUCCUCUGCUGAUAUCUUCUAUAUAAGAGAAGUUUUCUGAUCAACCAUGGAGAGAGACAGGAACAAGAUGGCCGACAGGAUAAUAGACCUCACCCUACACAUACUCUUCCGGCUUACUGGAGAGGAUUACACAGUAGUGAAGAAGUCCUCUAGUGGGCGCUGUCGGGCCCCUGUGUGUGAAGGACGGGGAAGAACCCUAAGCCCAAUCUCAGGGCCCCCACCUCACCCCCUGAUACAUGAGGAAAUGGAUGAACAGAAGAUCCUAGAACUGAUCAACAAGAUGAUGGAGCUGCUGACUGGAGAGGUUCCUAUAAGGUGUCAGGACGUGGCGGUGUAUUUCUCCAUGGAGGAGUGGGAGUAUGUAGAAGGACACAAGGAUCAGUACAAGGAUCAGGUGAUGAUGGAGGAUCAGCAGCCCCUCACAUCAGCAGUCAGAUCCAGUAAGAGAACAGCAGCAGAGAGGUGUCCCCGUCCUCUUCUUCCACAGGAUCAGUUUAUGAAUCCGGAAGAAGAUCUGAACAAUAUUAAUUCUCUAGAGACAGAUGUGAGCGGUGAUGAGCAGUAUAAGGAGAACAUUCCUAUGGGGAAAGGUCUGAUCUAUAUUAAUGCUACAGACAUAAAGGAGGAAGAAGAGACAGAUGUGAGCGGUGAUGAGCAGUAUAAGGAGGACAUUCCUACAGGGAAAGAUCUGAUGUAUAUUAAUUCUACAGACAUAAAGGAGGAAGAAGAGGAGACAGGUGUGAUCGGUGAUGAGCAGUAUAAGGAGGACAUUCCUACGGGGAAAGCUCUGAUCUAUAUUAAUGCUACAGAGAUAAAGGAGGAAGAAGAGACAGAUGUGAGCGAUGAUGAGCAGUAUAAGGAGAACAUUCCUACAGGUGACCGCCCAGAUUCUUGUACCAGGAGAUCAGAGGAGAAUCUUAUAUCUUCAUAUUAUAAAGCAGAUGAUGAUAUCACACAAGAUACAUAUGAAGAACAUUCCAUUAUCCCAGAUACACCCUCAGCCCUUCACAGCCAAGAUCUGUCAUCUGAUCCUGUUAUACCCGUCCUGUCUUCUGAUUUAUCACAGACUGUUAGGCUAAAUAAGGAGAAGCCAUUUUCAUGUUCAGAAUGUGGGAAAUGUUUUACUCACAAAUCACGCCUCGCUUUACAUCAGAGAAUUCAUACAGGGGAGAAGCCAUUUUCAUGUUCAGAAUGUGGAAAAUGUUUUACUCAACAAUCACGCCUCGCUCUACAUCAGAGAAUUCAUACAGGGGAGAAACCAUUUUCAUGUUCAGAAUGUGGGAAAUGUUUUAUCAAAAAAUCUACUCUUGUUGAACAUCAUAAAACUCACACAGGAGAGAAGCCAUUUUCAUGUUCAGAAUGUGGAAAAUGUUUUCUUCAAAAAUCAACUCUUGUUAAACAUCAAAGAACUCACACAGGGGAGAAGCCAUUUUCAUGCUCUGAAUGUGGGAAAUGUUUUAUACAAAAAUCACUUUUUGUUGAACAUCUAAGAAGUCACACAGGAGAGAAGCCAUAUUCAUGUUCCUAUUGUGGGAAAUGUUUUACUCAAAAAACAUCUCUUGUUAAACAUCAAAGAAUUCACACAGGAGAGAAGCCAUUUUCAUGCCCAGAAUGUGGGAAAUGUUUUACUCAAAAAGCAGCUCUUGUUGAUCAUCAAAAAACCCACACAGGGGAGAAGCCAUUUUCAUGUUCAAAUUGUGGGAAAUGUUUUACUCAAAAAUCAACCCUUGUUAAACAUCAAAAAACUCACACAGGGGAGAAGCCAUUUUCAUGUUCAAAUUGUGGGAAAUGUUUUACUCAAAAUUCAACCCUUGUUAAACAUCAAAAAAGUCACACAGAGGAGAAGCCAUUUCCAUGUCCAGAAGGUGGAGAAUGUUUUAUUCAGAAAUCACAUCUUUUUCAACACCAGAGAAAUCACACAGUGGAGAAGCCAUUUUCAUGUCCAGAAUGCGGGAAACGUUUUACUCAAAAAUCCACUCUUUUUGAUCAUCAAAAAACUCAUACAGGGGAGAGGCCAUUUUCAUGUUCAAAUUGUCAAAAAUGUUUUACUCUAAAAUCAGCUCUUCUUAAACAUCAAAGAAUUCACACAGAGGAGAAACCAUUUUCAUGCUUGGAAUGUGGGAAAUGUUUUACUCAUAAAUCAAGUCUUGUUGAACAUCAAAAAACUCACACAGGAGAGAAGCCAUUUUCUUGUUCAAAUUGUGGGAAAUGUUUUACUCAUAGAUCAACUUUUGUUAAACAUCAAAGAACUCACACAGGAGAAAAGCCAUAUUCAUGCCUUGAAUGUGGGAAAUGUUUUACUCAAAGAUCAACUCUUGUUGAACAUCGAAGAACUCACACAGGAGAGAAGCCAUUUUCAUGUUCAAAUUGUGGAAAAUUUUUUACUCAAAAAUCAACUCUUGUAAAACAUCAAAGAACUCACACAGGGGAGAGACCAUUUUCAUGUCCAGAAAGUGGGAAUGUUUUUUUGAAAAUAGCGCCUUGUUAAACAUCAAAGAACUCACACAGGAGAAAAGCCAUUUUAAUGCUUAGAAUGUGUUUAAAUAUUUUACUCAAAGAUCAACUCUUGUUGAAUCACAAAGAACAGAGGAGAAGCUAUUUUCAUGUUCAGAAUGUGGGAAAUUUUUUACUCAAAAAUCACUUCUUGUUAAACAUUUUCAUGUACUAUACGUGUGGAGAGGGUUCCAGAUACAAGCCCUCUCCAUACCAGAUGGCUCCCAGCUGGGGAACGCUGCUUAUUGCUGACAUAGAGCGAUCUUGGUGCCAGUUUUUUAACACCCUGAUUCAGUUUUGUAGACAGACAAAUAAAAAGUUAUAUGGAUCUAAAUAGAGGGAUAAUUAACCUGAAUAUAAAGGUAGAUAGUGCGGGUGAUGCUGAUUCCAAAGCUUUUUACCAGGUGAAAAUCAGCAGGUAUUCAUCUUGUUGCUGAGAUGUUUUUUUACUUAUUAAAGGGGUUAUCCAGGAAAAAACUUUUUUUUAUAUUUCAACUG